AUGGUUCUAACCACAAAUCCAUCAUCAUCAAAACCUAAAUUAGUUGAAGAAGAAAAUGAAAAAUGGCAUGAGAUCAAAAAAAAAGGAGAUGACAUUAUUCAAGAAGAAAUACGAAUUCUUUUGAAUACUCCAAUUCCAUUGCAAGCAAUCGGAUUCAUUAAGAAUUCUAGUCCUUUAUAUGAAAAAAUUAAAACAGCAAGAAAUAAGAUUACCGAAUUCGAAUCUUUGUACAAUAUAGCUUCAGAUACUAGUAUUAGAAGCGAUCUUGCUAUUAGAAUACAAGAGCAAAAAGAUAUUGUCGGAACCAAUGAUAAAAAAAUUGAAGCACUUAAACGACAUACAGCAAAUCAAGCCCGGAUAAUGGCUAAAAAACAAAACCAACUUGAAGAAAAAG